AUGACGAAAGAGGGCGUUUGGUUGAAGCAACAGCAAACAACGAGUGAAAGCCUCCAAAGCACGCAUUCAGAUGACAAUAGCAGGUCGGUAAUUUUUGGAAAUAGUACUUUAAUUAAUAAUUCAAAUGAAAAUAAUUUUGAUUUGAAAAUUCACAAAGUAGUAAGCUUUGUAGUUUUUCACUUUUAGACAAUCAACAGCAUCAAGGACUGAUCAAAUGUUUGAAAUGAGCCUCUUCAGUACCCCAUCAUGUUCUUCAGAAUAUGGGCUCCAGCGUACAGACACAUGGACACCAGGUUGUGCAAGUGCCUAUCUGAGUGACACUGACAGUGAUCAAGAGGAAUGCGAUGUUGCUGCAGGUACUUCAGUUUUAGAUCAAUACAAUCAGGCUAUGGAAAAUAUAUCUCAGCUGGCCGGAACUCAAGCGCCACCAAAAUUGACUUUCCAGCUCGAUGGUGAUCUAGAUUCUGCAACCCCUAAAGAAAAGGACGAGUGCAUAACACGGGCUACUGAUGCCUGCAAACGUAUUUGCAAAAUUAUUGCCCCAAAUGACGGAGAAAAGCUUUUUGAGGCGUUGCAGCAAAUAGAUCAGGGAAAAAGUCUUGUCCCGUUGAUGACAGCCUACGCACAAGCACCAUCAAGAAGUCUGAAGAUCCAGAUUCUGAGCUUAUAUGCUUACGAAUUGCCCGCACAGAAACUGCAAACAUUACAUGAGCCUUAUGGUCGGCUUAGCAAAUGGCAGAUUAAGAGAGCUCGUGCUCAUGCUAGAAACAACGGGCCAGGUAUGGAGAUGGAAAAAACCCGAUACCAUCGAGUAAGCCUAGAUAUGGGCAAAGUAGAUCACUUCAUUGACUUUGCCAACCGACCAUAUUACCAUCAAGAUGUCGCUUUCGGCACCAGAACACUAAAACUUGAAAGUGGUGAAACUAUUGAGAUGCCAAAUAUUAUUCGCACAGUUACCAAGUGCACAAUGGUUGCGCAAUAUCUGCAGUUUUGUAAGGAAGAAGAAUUCGAGCCACUUAGCAGAACCACAUUAUUUCGUAUCCUGGAAGUUAGAGAAGCCUCACAGCGAAAAUCUUUACAAGGCUUGGAUAAUACCGCUGCUGAUGGAUCGAAUGGGUUUAACACUAUGGAACAAAUCUCUGAACGUCUAGUUCAUCUAGGAAUUGAUAUCCAAUGGUCACAGUCUGUCAUCAAAAGGUUACAUAAAGCAAAAGAAUACCUCAAAACAGAUUAUAAGGUACAUUGCCAAGAGGAUGAUAGUUUAUGUGCUGAUCACUGUACAAUGUUUGCGUUAAGUGAUCCAGGAGAUGAAGCUUUUCAAGUAAAGUGUGCACACGAACAUACGCUGGUUUGUGAUAACUGUGAGAACCUCAAAUCUACUUUACAGGAACUAGAAAACAAGCUGAAAAGCAACACACAUUUUUCAUAUACUCAAGAUAUAAAAGAAGAGCUCAUCCACGACUUUAAAGAAGCUAAAGACAGAAUCAGCAAAUGGAAGGCCCAUAUUCUCCGUUCGAUAAAUCAGGAAAAUGCAAAGAAGGAAAUACUGGAAAGCCUGGACGAAACAUCAGUGUUAAUUGUUAUUGACUGGGCCAUGAAGUUUCAGCAGAUACGUUUUCGAGAAAAACAAUCUGACUGGUAUGGCAAACGUGGGCUAUGUUGGCAUGUAAGCAGCGUCGUAUCGAAGGGCGUAUCCUCGGACACUGCAGUGGUUACAUCAUAUGUUCAUUUAUUCGAUUCCACCACUCAAGACUGGUUUGCCGUUGCAUCAAUUCUCGAAAACCUGCUAUCAACUAUCAAGUCCAGCAUGGCAAAUAUCAGCAAAGCUUACAUUCGUUCUGAUGAGGCAGGAUGUUACCACAACAACCUUCUGGUAGCAUCUUUGAAAGAUAUUGGAAAUCGCGUUGGAAUUUGUGUCCAAAGCUAUGAUUUCUCAGAACCUCAACAAGGUAAGGAUAUUUGUGAUAGGAUCAUCUGCCCCCUGAAGUCAUCAAUCCGCCGAUACUGCAAUGAAGGAAAUGAUAUCCUUACAGCUCAAGACAUGCAUACUGCACUGAAUUGCCGUCCAGUUAAAGGAACAACAUCAUCAGUCAAUGAAGUCAAAGCCUCUGCUGAGCAGCUCAGUGUAAAGAAAAUUAAGGACUUCAGCAGUUAUCACAAUUUCCAGUAUGAAGAAGCAGGGAUAAGGGUGUGGAAAGCACAUGGCAUUGGAAAGGGAAAGAAACUAUUGGAUAAAGAUAUCUACAUUAGCCGACAAAAGAGUACAGAAUUGCAAGUGUCAGUCAACUUUCCCGCUGUACAGCAGACUAGGCAAACGAAACUGAAAAGAAAUGAAAACCAUGAUGAUAAUUCAAACGCAGACAGUGCUGGUUUGUUUGAUUGUGCUGAGCCUGGUUGCAACCACGUGUUUGAAACAAUUCAGAGCUUAGAGCUUCACAUGGACCUGGGCCAGCAUAGUCGCUUUAUCAACAGCGAGAGCGUGUAUGAUGCGUUAAAAAGAGAGUGGGCAAAACAAUUCACAACGUUAAGCUCAAGAAAUGUCCAGGGCCAGGGACCGAAACAACAUCAAACUUUAGAAUGCAGAGAAUCCUCUUCAAGGAUGGGAUGGGCUCUCAGUAAACCGAAAACUGGCUCUGCGCGUUUUUCUCCAGAUGUCUGCAAGUAUUUGACUGCGAAAUUUGAUUAUGGUGAGCGAACAGGUCAUAAAUCAGACCCAGCGCAGGUGGCUAAAGAUAUGAGAUGUGCAAAGGAUGAAGGGGGAGAAAAAUUAUUCAAGGCAGCCGAGUGGCUCAACAAAGAGCAGAUCAAAGGUUUUUUCUCGAGGCUUGCUAAAAAGCGACGCAAAGGUGUGAUAAGCACAGAUAUUGAGGAAGAAAUUGAGGUCGAUAACUAUGAAAGCGAUACUGACGAUGCAGAAGAAAAUGAAAAACGAGCGUAUUUGCUGAAUUUGAUCAGUAAUGAAUUGAACGUGGCCCACCCGAUCUACUACGAUGCGUACGACUUGUGUGAAUUGCACAAACAAGACAAACUUUCGGGAUUUAAGGUUACGAUGCUAAAGGAAAUUUGCUCACAUUUUGAGCUCGGAUUCAAGUCGAAAGACAAAAAGCAAGAUCUAAUCAAUACUAUCUCAAACAUGUUGGAUAAAUGCCCAUGUUGUUGCCUGCCACUAUGUACAUAA